AUGAAUGGUCCUGGCGUGGACUACUCGCGCAAGGUCCCAGGCCCCGGGGCACUCGCUCAGAAGAAUGAAACUCUGGAUCACCUGAUUAAUCUGAGUGGGGCAGUCCAGCUCAGGCAUCUCUCCAAUAACCUGGAGACCCUCCUCAAGCGGGACUUCCUCAAACUCCUUCCCUUGGAGCUCAGUUUUUAUUUGUUAAAAUGGCUCGAUCCUCAGACCACAUGCUGCCUCGUCUCUAAACAGUGGAAUAAGGUGAUAAGUGCUUGUACAGAGGUGUGGCAGACUGCAUGUAAAAAUUUGGGCUGGCAGAUAGAUGGUUCUGUUCAGGACGCUUUGCACUGGAAGAAGGUUUAUUUGGAGGCUAUUUUAAGAAUGAAGCAACUGGAGGACCAUGAAGCCUUUGAGACCUCAUCAUUAAUUGGACACAGUGCCAGAAUGUAUGCACUUUACUACAAAGAUGGACUUCUCUGUACAGGGUCAGAUGACUUGUCUGCAAAGCUGUGGGAUGUGAGCACAGGGCAAUGUGUUUAUGGCAUCCAGACCCACACUUGUGCAGCAGUGAAGUUUGACGAACAGAAGCUUGUGACAGGCUCCUUUGACAACACUGUGGCCUGCUGGGAGUGGAGUUCUGGAGCCCGGACCCAGCACUUCCGGGGGCACACGGGGGCGGUAUUUAGCGUGGACUACAAUGAUGAACUGGAUAUCUUGGUGAGCGGCUCUGCAGACUUCACUCUGAAAGUAUGGGUUUCAUCUGCUGCGACAUGCCUGAACACACUCAACACGGAGUGGGUCACCAAGGUGGUUUUUCAGAAGUGCAAAGUCAAAUCUCUGUUGCAUAGCCCUGGAGACUAUAUCCUCUUAAGUGCAGACAAAUAUGAGAUCAAGAUUUGGCCAAUUGGGAGAGAAAUCAACUGCAAAUGCUUAAAGACAUUAUCUGUCUCUGAGGAUAGAAGUAUCUGCCUUCAGCCAAGACUUCAUUUUGAUGGCAAAUACAUUGCCUGUAGUUCAGCACUAGGUCUCUACCAGUGGGACUUGGCCAGUUAUGAUAUCCUCAGGGUCAUCAAGACUCCUGAGAUAGCAAACCUGGCCUUGCUUGGCUUCGGAGAUAUCUUUGCCCUGCUGUUUGACAACCACUACCUGUACAUCAUGGAUUUGCGGACAGAGAGCCUGGUUAGCCGCUGGCCUCUGCCAGAGUACAGGAAAUCAAAGAGAGGCUCAAGCUUUCUGGCAGGCGAAGCAUCCUGGCUGAAUGGACUAGACGGACACAAUGACACGGGCUUGGUCUUUGCCACCAGCAUGCCUGACCACAGUAUUCACCUGGUGUUGUGGAAGGAGCACGGCUGACACCAUGAGCCACCACCACUGACUGACUUUGGG